CAGUUCAUAGGUACGGCAGCAUCCACUAAGCUCGUCAAGUCUCAUGACAAGUGUCCAGAGACUCACAUUGCAGCUUCGCAACAACAGAUCUCUUAGUCAAGGGAAACUUGGAGCAGUAACGAUGAUCAAGAAUCCGGGCGGCAACAAAGUCGCUGUCCAGAUGUUUCCCCAACUUACCAUCGUCGGCCACCUCAAAAUCAGCCCCCUUUCCGAUAUCCAAAGCCGAUCAAGCUCUUCCUUCAUCGGCAACUAGCUAACCCUCAACUCCAGAAUGGAUCAAAGGUCUCCUGGCAGUCCCCUUUGUACUCUACUCUCAGCCCACCGGCGUCUUCGACACGAGAGCGACGAGCAUAGCCCGCAUGGCAGAGGAAUCUCACCGCCGCUACGCUGAAAUCUUUCGCGACGUCGAGCACAUGAUUGACGACCACAUAACCCGUCAAGACGAAGACCUCCCCUCGAAACUAAAAAUGCUCGUCCCCUCAGCAGGGCCCUUCUUCACCCGCCUCCCCCUCGAAGCAGCCUUCACCCUCAUGGACGCAAAACGCCUCAUCUCCUCCCGCCGCUACGUCUCCCCCUCCUUCAACGACGUCCGCCUCAUCCUCAACGCUGCUCAAAUCCUCGCCGUCACCAGCCCCAGUCCCAGCCCCGGCCCAAACCCAUCCACCAGCACCUCCCUCCAACUCGCAACCUUUGACGGAGACGUAACCCUCUACGACGACGGCGAAUCCCUCCUCCCCACUUCCCCCCUAAUCCCCCGCCUCCUCUCCCUCCUCCGCCGCGACAUCAAAAUCGGCAUCGUCACAGCAGCAGGCUACACGACAGCAGACCGCUACUACGACCGCCUCCACGGCCUCCUCGACGCCAUCGCCGCCGCACCGGACCUGACCCCUACCCAAAAGGCCUCCAUCGUCAUCAUGGGCGGCGAAGCAAACUACCUCUUCGAAUACGACCCGUCCUCCCCGCACCUGCUGGCCCCCGUCCCGCAGGAGCAGUGGCUCACACCCGAAAUGGCAUCCUGGUCCGACGCCGACAUUUCCGCGCUCCUCGACGUCGCCGAGGGCGCCCUGCUCGAGUGCAUCCGCACGCUCAACCUCCCCGCCACCCUCCUCCGCAAAGACCGCGCCGUCGGCAUCGUGGCAACCGACCCGGCCGUCCGCAUCCCGCGCGAGUCCCUCGAGGAAACCGUCCUCGUCGUCCAGAAAAUCCUCGAGCUCUCCGCGCUAGGGUCCCCCGCCCAAGCAGCCGGCCACAGCACAGUCGCGCCCUCUACUUCUGCCUCUUCCGCCGAAUUAGCUACAGCAGUCCGCCGCCGCGUCCCCUUCUGCGCCUUCAACGGCGGCCGCGACGUCUUCGUCGACAUCGGCGACAAGUCGUGGGGCGUGACCGUCUGCCAGCGCUGGUUCGCCGCCAAGGCGGGACACCCAGAGACCCCCAUCGCCGGCGAGAAGACGCUGCACAUUGGCGACCAGUUCCUCAGCGCGGGCAGCAACGACUUCAAGGCCCGGAGCGUGGGUACAACGGCGUGGAUCGCGAGUCCCGGCGAGACGGGGGAGCUCUUGGAUGAUUUGAUUGCGAGGAUUUGAAGGGAAACAAAAGGAAGCAAAAAAAAAAAAAAAAAGAAAAGAAAAAAAAAGGUAAAGAGAGAGAGAGAG